AUGAAUGAGAAGCAAAUUCUUGGCGUUGCUGGUAGCAGUAAUGAUGUACACCUUAUGACAUUAGAAUAUUAUAACGAACAUAAAGAUGAACUGAAAGGAGAGAAGGGUGACACCGGACCUCAAGGACCUCAAGGACCACAAGGAAUACAAGGAAUACAAGGAAUACAAGGACCUCAAGGCGAGAACGGUUUGGAUGGAAAGGAUGGAAAGGAUGGAAAAACUGCUAAAUCAUGGAUAUGGGACCUUAUAAAUACUGGUUUAACAGCUGCUUCAUAUGGAGUUCUUCAAUACCAAAUCGGAAAGAUAUGGGCAGUACUUGGUGAAGAAGCUUUAGAUGACGUUAAAAAUGCUUUGAACUUCAUUUCAAAUGGUUCGGAUACUAUUAAAACUUUAUCUGGUUGGAUGCAAGAAACAAGGAGUCAAAUAGAUACUGUAAGACGUAUAGCAAACAAUGCACGUACGGGAUUGGAUACUUUACGAGAAGCACAAAAUACACUAAAGGAAGCAAAUGAUAUUCUUGGCUCAGUAUCAGACAUGCAUGAAGAUUGGCUUAAAGGUAUUGACAAAUCUUUAAAAAAUCACAGUCAGUCUAUUGCUGACUACAAGAAAAGUAUAGAUUUUUUACAUAGUGCUAUGGACGUACAUGAUGGAAGCAUAAGGAACUUACUUAAUGCUAACAAUAACUUACCAGGAACUAUUAAAGCAUUUAUAAAGUCCUUUGUAAAACCCGGUGCUCUAACAUUUAGGUCUUUGAGAGCAAGAGCAUUGAAGUCAAGAGAUGCAGAAACUCCAACAGAACCUACAGAAGGAACUGAAACAACAGAAACUCCAGAAGAACCACCAAAACCAACAGCUAAUGAAAUAUU